UGGUGGCCCAAAGUGAUCGGUGCGAUUCCCUCUACCAGCAUCCCGCUAACCUAACCUAACAUUGUGUUUUGCUCAACGACACGCGGGAAGAGCCACCAAGAUAACGGUGAUGAAGGGAGAUCGUAUCAUUCCUCAAGAGUACGAGCGCUGGGAGGCAGAUGGCGUCACUUGGAUCGUUCAAGAUCUCCCACCGGAAGACGAUGAGAAAUUUAUUGAAGUACUGGUUGAUCAUCUCGGCACGGAUGAAGUUCUCUGUUCCACUACACGUCUUUCUGAACACCCUGAAAGCGUAAAGGGAAUCAGCGAUUACUGGCGAGUGUGUCUCGCUGAGCGGACGAGCAUUGCUUGCUAUAGAGAGAUCGACGGAGUGCGGACUCUGGCUGGUGGGAAUUGCUGUGUUAUCGCGAAAAAGGAUGAUAAAUCUUCCAUUGAGAUACAAGGAGACGAAUGGAAGACGGUGUUCGAAGGUCUAAAGUUCGUAGAGGACAAAUGCAAUCCAUUUGAAUAUUUAGGUGAGGACAAGCUACUCGUCGGUUACGGCUUGGUCGUGAAACGGGAGUUCAGAGGCGCUAAGCUAGGCGCCCGGAUUCUAAACGCCAGAGAGCCUCUUUGCAAACAACUGAAUGUGAAAGCAGCAACAACAGUGUUCACUGGUAUAUCAUCACAGAAGUUAGCUGCAAGAUGUGGGUACAUCGUGACAGCGGAAGCCACGCUCCACGAAAUGUCACAAGCAGGACUUAAGUAUCCCAAAGGCGACCAAAGAUCCAUCAAAUUGAUGGUCAAGAAAUUUGAAUAGAAGUUUACAAGCAUCUGAUUUUAUUUAUUUUAACGCUUUAAGAUUCGUCAUCAAUCUGCUCUUUUCCCUACACAGAUUAAAUAUAGUAAAUACAGAGUG